UCUAAUCAUGUGGUUGUUAUAGGUUAUAUUUACAUAAUGAUCUCUUUAAAUAUUAAACUGUUAUUUUGUCAAAGAGUAUAUUCAAAAGUUAAAUAUUUGAAUUCACGAUCGAAAUUGCAGAGAUAUUUGAGAGCUAACUUUUGCACUGCUGCACCUGACAAAAAAUUAGAUUUUAUUAAUAUUCCCGUUGAGAAUAUUCGUAAUUUUAGUAUAAUUGCCCACGUUGAUCAUGGUAAAAGUACUCUAGCUGAUAGGCUUUUAGAAAAAACUGGAGCAAUUAAAGAAAAUGUUGGUAAAAGUCAAGUACUGGAUAAGCUACAAGUUGAACGUGAAAGAGGCAUUACAGUAAAAGCACAAUCAGCAUCAUUGUUUUAUGAAUAUAAAGACCAAAAAUACUUAUUAAAUCUAAUCGAUACUCCUGGGCAUGUUGAUUUUUCAAAUGAAGUUUCAAGAUCCCUAUCAGCAUGCCAAGGUGUCAUUUUGUUAGUUGAUGCAAAUGAUGGAGUUCAAGCGCAGACUGUUGCCAACUUUUACUUGGCGUUUGGAAAAGAUUUAGUUAUUAUUCCAGUUUUAAACAAAAUCGACUUGAAAAACGCUGAUCCCAAAAGAACAGCUGAACAGUUGAAAACACUUUUCGAUAUCGAAGAAGAUGAAAUAUUAAAAAUUUCAGCUAAACUUGGUACAGGCAUAACGUCAGUGUUAGAAGCAAUUGUUGAACGACUUCCACCACCAAAAGUUGAUCGCAACGCACCAUUCAAGGCAUUAAUAUUUGAUAGUUGGUAUGAUCGAUUUCGAGGUGCUUUAAGUUUAGUUUACGUUCAUAAUGGAGAAAUUGAUGUUGAACAAGAAAUUACAUCGUGCUAUACACAGAAAACGUACCAAAUUAAAAGUUUAGGAAUUCUUCAACCUGAGGAAAAACCAGUUCAAAAAUUGCUUGCAGGUCAAGUUGGAUUAAUAGGAUGUAAUAUGCGAUCAAGCCAAGAAGCUAUUAUUGGCGAUACAGUACAUGAAAAAUCACAUCCAGUGGAACCAUUGGAAGGUUUUAAACCUAGUCGGCCAAUGGUAUUUGCAGGGAUUUAUCCAUUUGAUCAAUCACAGCAUGUUAGUUUACGCAGUGCUAUUGAAAAAUUAGCAUUAAAUGAUUCAGCUGUCUCCAUUGCUAUAGAUUCUAGUCCUGCACUUGGUCAAGGAUGGAGACUAGGCUUUCUAGGAUUGUUACAUUUAGAAGUAUUCUGUCAACGAUUAGAGCAAGAAUAUGAUGCCGAACCAAUCAUCACUGCCCCUUCAGUAACAUACAAAGUAAAAUUACGGCCAACGAAACAAAAUAUUAAAUCUGGAAAACAAGAAAUUCUUAUCACAAAUCCAGCAUUGUUUCCAGAGCCGUAUGAAAUUGAAGAAACAUUUGAACCAAUGGUUUUAGGUACAAUUAUUACACCCGAUAAAUAUUUAGGUCCGGUUAUGUCAUUAUGUAUGGAGCGUCGUGGAGUUCAAGUGAAAUCUUUGAAUAUUGAUAAUCAACGAAUUUUGCUACAAUUUAAUUUACCGCUUUGUGAAAUUGUUUUGGAUUUUCAUGACAAACUAAAAACUAUUUCAUCAGGAUAUGCAAGUUUCGACUAUGAGGAUGCUGGAUACCAAUCUAGUAGUCUAGUAAAGCUUAAUAUAUUAUUAAAUGGAAAUUUAGUCGAUGAACUUUGUGCAAUAGUACAUACAAGUCGAGCACAAAUUAUUGGCAAACGUAUGUGUUUGCGAUUGAAAGAAACAAUACCAAGGCAACUUAUUCAAAUUGCUAUACAAGCAGCAAUUAGUGGACGCGUAAUUGCGAGAGAAACCUUAAAAGCAUAUCGAAAAGAUGUCACUGCUAAAUUGUAUGGCGGGGAUGUAACACGAAGAAAAAAAUUAUUAGCUCGACAGUCGGAAGGAAAGAAACGUAUGAAAGCGAUUGCAAAUAUUUCAUUACCCAGGGAUACAUUUAUUGAAGUUCUUCGGCGAUAGAAAUAUAAUAUUUAAAUGAUUUUUUUUGUACA